AUGGUAGCACAAAGUCCCUCAACUGGAGAUGCUGUUGUCUCUAGCCAGAUUUGGCCUUGGUUUUAUGGACAAUGUCCCUCCUAUGAAGGUAGGGUUAGAACGGCUUCUCCAGUCAGGGGAUCAGGUGUGGCUGGGGACCAAGUCAUCUCCCGACAUCGGUCUGCUGCUGCAAAUUCCGCUCAUGAGGAGGAUAUCAGUAGCAGUAUUAUUGGUCGGCGUUUGCGUCGAAAACGCAACACCGAUCCUCUACUCAUUAAUUCACCCAUUGUUAUUGAGAUUAUUGAUGGUGAUGACCCACAAGUAAUGGAGACAACGAAUUUGCGUUGGUUGGGAUAA